AUGAUUACUCUGUACCGUCCUUCUGACUUUGUCUCAAUAAUGGAGGUAUUCUCAUUUUCUUCCUCAACAGCAAUAGUGUGUCUGGUGAGCGUGAUCGCUGGUGUGAUUCCGUUAUGGGCGUUGAAGAUGGUGUACACGCUGUGGCUUAGGCCUAAGAGGUUCGAGAAACUUCUGAGAGCACAAGGUCUUCGUGGUGACCCAUACACCUUUUCACUUUUCACCCCAAACCAAAACCCUGCUCCACAAAACAACCCUCAAUCGCAAUCUUUUCUUGUCUCCGACGAUGUUGCUCCUCGCUUGUCCUUGCUGCCUAACAACACUGUUGCCAAAUACGGCAAGAAUUCCUAUUUAUGGGAAGGCACAACACCAAAGGUCAUCAUUACUGAUCCAAAUCAAAUCAAAGAAGUCUUCAAUAACAUUCAUGAUUUCCAGAAACAAAAGAUAAGUGGCAUUGCCAAGUUCUUGGUCAAUGGUCUGAUAAACUCAGAGGGUGAUAAGUGGGUUCAACAUCGAAAGAUAAUCAACCCUGCAUUCCACUUGGAAAAAUUGAAAAACAUGCUACCAGCAUUUUCCCAAAGUUGCCAUGAUGUGAUUAGCGAGUGGAAGGGAAUGUUAUCAUCAGAUGGAAAAUGUGAGAUUGACGUUUCGCCUUUCAUUCGGAAUUUGACUCGUGAUGUAAUUUCUAGAACAGCUUUCGGAAGCAGCUAUGCAGAAGGAAAAAAGAUAUUUCAGCUUCUCAGAAUUCAGGGGAACCUUGUCAUGACUGGAAAGUACAAUAACACACCAAUAUUGCGGCAUUUACCAACACCUACCAAAAUGAAGUUGAGAGCAGUUGAUAAAGAAAUGAAAAAUUCAAUUGGAAAUAUCAUAAAAAAACGAGAGAAAGCCAUGAAGAAGGGUGAAUCCAACAGUAAAGAUUUAUUAGGCUUACUUUUAGAAUCAAAUCAAAUGGAAAUCCAAGGACAUGGAAACAAUAAGAGUUUUGGAAUGAGUAUUGAAGAAGUAAUUGGUGAGUGCAAGUUAUUCUACAUAGCAGGGCAAGACACGACUUCAUCUCUGCUGGUUUGGACAUUGAUCAUGUUGAGUAGGUAUCCUGAAUGGCAAAAACGAGCUAGGGAGGAAGUUCUUCAUGUUUUUGGAAAACAAAAUCCAAACAUUGAUGGGUUGAGUCAGCUCAAAACUAUGACCAUGAUUCUGUAUGAAGUUCUGAGGUUAUUCCCUCCCAUUGUUUUCCACAAUCGCACACUCCAGAGGGAUAUGGAACUUGGAAACCUGUCACUACCUGCAGGAGUAAAUGUUACCUUGCCAAUUUUUUUACUUCAUCAGGAUGUUGAUAUAUGGGGUAAUGAUGCAAUGAAGUUCAAACCAGAAAGGUUCUCUGAAGGUGUUGCUAAGGCAACAAAAGGCCAAGUUGUAUUUUACCCAUUUGGAUGGGGUCCUAGAAUUUGCAUUGGCCAAAACUUUGCCUUGUUGGAGGCCAAGGUUGUCUUGUCAUUGUUUCUGCAGAAUUUCUCAUUCGAGCUUUCUCCUGUUUAUGUGCAUGCUCCUGCAGUUAUGCUUAGUUUGCAACCAAAACACGGUGCGCCACUUAUUUUGCAAAAGCUAUGAUAAUUGAUCAUAUUCUGAACCAAAAAAGGUCAUGGUUUUAGAUCUGCAAAAUGGUCUCACUGGUAUAAGACUAUGCAUGUCACCUGGCUUAGUGUAUCAACUUUAUAUUCCUUUCUGUAACAACAAUCUCGUGUUCGGUGGAGUAGAAACUAUAUAUCUUUUAAGAACUUUUGUAAGAACUUCUAUGUUGUAAUGCAUGUGUUUGAAUUCCGUCUCAUGGUUUAGUUAUGAAGGAUUAUUGACUGAUGCAUAAUUAAAAGUGUGGUGAA